CUUUUUGGGCACUCUACGCGGAAAGAGCAGCAUGAUCGCGUCGGGAGGAAGCUGGGGCUUACAACAACGGGUUCUUUGCAGCUGUUCCACGCGUCGGGGAAUCGAUUGCUCUUUCGAGACCAUUUCCGAAUGGAUGUAGGUGCCUUCGACGCGCUCUAA